GUCGCAACCACUAUUUCCAUUAGGCGAUUUGAUCGCAGGACGAGAGAGGAGCUGAUGGACGAUCUCUCCAAUGUUCCACUUGGUUCGGAGCGGCGCCGAGUGCUGACGUUGGGACUUGGCCAUUCAACUGCAGUGCCAGUCUGGCUACCUGCCCUGCCUGCGUUCCAGCCUGUGGCUGUAUCCUGCCAUCACAGCGCUGCGACGGUGUUUGGUACGACUGUGCUGAUGGCUCUGAUGCACAGUACUGCCCAGGCAAGGUCACACCAGCUCCAGGUUAGCUCCUGCUCCAUGCCCAUUGUUGGAGCGACAGUCCUGGAAUCCAGAGUUGCAAGUGAGGUGGUGAUACGGCAAGCAGACGGUGGCAAAGUACGGCUUAAAAGCUCUACAUCUGGCAAGUGGCCGGCAUACCACCCCAAUGGACAUCGGAACAGUACACGUAGAGUAGCAUCUCUACGUGACAGGGUAUGAGCGCAAGCCAGUAUUGCCAAGCACUGGGGACCUUUGGCAAUCUGAAGAAUGUUUUGUCCGAGAAUCGAUCCUUGGAUCUGUGGCGUUGCAGUUGUGGUGCUCCCGACCCUCUUGCGCGAUGGCCGCGGAGACCUAGCGAAAAGGUUCGAGACAUACGGCAUCUCAAUAUCUUCCACCACAAUCAGUACAUCAGCACCACCAUCGAGUGUAGCGACAUCAGCAAUAGAAGACGCACAUGAUAUCAUCCACCCUUACGGCCUUAGCGAAGACCCGGGAAUACCUGAGAAGAUGUUAGCCGCAACUUUACUGGAAAAGUCGUCGGUGACAACGGCACUCCAUAUUUUAGCUGCAUGCAGUUAGGUCUCUCAACAAGUGUACCCAAAGUUUUCAAGCUAAUACACAAGCAAAUUCACUAGGGGCCGAGUAUAUUUUCCUACACCUCUCCCUGUUUGUUGUUGUUAUUUCUGCAUUCAAAUUGUUUGUGUACCUGUACAUUUAUUACAGUAGAGCCACGCAUCCACAGCUGUUGUUUCCAAGGGGUCAGGCUCGUCAGUUUUACAAAACCUUUCAGCAAUCUGGCCUUAGGCUUAGUUCCUUGACUUUUUGUGCCACUUUCUUAGAUGCACAUCCCACUGGAUAGUGAGCAAUACGUGUGUAGCAGAAUCUGUAUUCCAGAAAAGCAGAGACUCGAGUCUAUUGACUUUUAAAA